CGGGAAGCCCGUCAAAAUCACUGGAAUUCGUUCGUCGGAUAAAGACCCAGGUUUGCGAGAUAACGAAUGGUUCUGUUAUUGAGAUAUCCCACACCGGGACCGCCAUUCUGCUCAAGCCAGGAGUUUUGACUGGGGGACCCGUCACCCAUGAUUGUCCUCUUUCUCGCUCUAUCGGAUACUUCUUGGAGCCAAUAAUAGCUGUGGCACCGUUUAGCAAGAAACCAUUGAUGCUUACUUUGCGCGGCAUCACCACCGAUGACAAGGACCUCAGUGUGGAUAUCAUUCGGACAGUCACUCUCCCGCAUUUGACAAUGUUUGGAGUUGAAGAUGGUGUGGAACUCAAGAUUCGGAAACGUGGAGCACCUCCAGGUGGAGGAGGAGAGGUACAAUUUAUCUCACCCGUUGUCAGGACAGUAAAGACCUUGAACUUUGUCAAUGCUGGGCGAGUAAAAAGAAUACGCGGCAUAGCGCAUGCUGUCCGUAUAUCGCCCCAGUUCUCAAAUCGAAUGAUCGAGGCAUCUCGCUCGGUGUUGAACCGAUACAUCCCGGAUAUAUACAUUCACUCUGAUGUCUACAAAGGCGAAGAAUCCGGGAAAUCACCUGGAUAUGCUCUCAGUCUCCUAGCCGAGACCACCGAAGGAGCGCUAUUCUGUGCAGAGGCGGUAUCGACACCGAGGUCUGACCCUCAUCAGGCAAAACCAGGAAAAGCCAAGCGUGACAAGAUCUUUGGUGAGGACCCUGAAGAGGGACCAUUGCCAACGACCCCGGAGGACGUGGCGUUGGCUGCCUCUCGCUCUCUCCUGCUAGAAAUUCAAAAAGGUGGAUGUGUGGAUCGGAAGCACCAAUGGCUGAUUUUGCUAUAUAUGGCCCUAGGGAGUGAGGACGUUGGACGAGUAAAGAUGGGGCCACUAAGCCCCCGAAGGCAAGUAGAAAGGAACCCAUUCCCGAACUAUUCGCUUACUGAUACCACUAGUAUCCAAUUUUUGCGAGAUCUCAAAGACACCUUUGGUACUUCGUUCAAGAUUAAUCCGGUGGACGAAGCUAAUGCACAGUCCGAGCUUUUGCUAUCGUGUUAUGGUACCGGUUUUAUCAACGUAAACAGAGGCCUCGCAUAA